AUGCAAAACAUAAGUUUGGAUGAUGCUGAACCAAUCUCCGUUUUCGGCAGUUUCAUACCAACUCACAAUUCUGACGAAAUAGAGGAGGGCAUCGAGUAUGAAGAUAAGGAAGAGUGUGUUCUGGAGUUACAACAAUGGCAUAUAAAACGUAGUCUAGAUUUUUCUGUGGUUAAAUCUGACAAUGUACGUUUUGUCAUUAAAUGUAGAAAUUCAACAUGCAAUUUCAAAUGCAAGGUCUCUUUGCGUAAGGGCAACUCAAGGUGGAGAGUUGGUAAGUCUAGUGGGCCUCAUACGUGCACAACCACUUCCAUGUCACAAGACCAUACAAAACUCAGUUCAGAAAUGAUUAGCAAGAGCAUAAUGGAGCUUGUAAAUCGGGACGCUUCUCUUAAGGUGAAGGUUAUCAUCGCUCAUGUUGCUGAGAAAUACAGGUAUAUCAUAUCAUACAAAAAGGCAUGGAUUGCAAAGUGUAAGGCAAUUGAGUCGCUGCAUGGAAAUUGGGAGACAUCUUACAACGAUCUUCCGCAGUGGAUACUGGUAAUGAAAACAUAUCUACCAGGUACCAUUAUAGAAUUACAAUCCUUACCUGUGAUUUCAAAUGAUGGUUCAUACUUAGGUGACCAAAGGAUAUUUCAUCGUCUGUUUUUGGCGUUUAGACCAUGUAUACGUGCUUUCGCGUAUUGUAAACCAAUUGUGCAGGUUGAUGGAACUUGGUUGUAUGGCAAGUACAAAGGGACUCUGUUGAUGGCUGUGGCACAGGAUGGGAACGGGCACAUAUUUCCGAUAGCGUUCGCAUUGGUUGAAAGUGAGACAAAGGAAGCCUGGAGUUUCUUUCUUAAGAAUUUGAGAAUGCACGUUACCCCCCAAGCAAAUCUAUGCCUAAUAUCAGACAGGCAUGAAUCGAUAAAGAGUGCAUACAAUAACCCAGAAAAUGGAUGGCAGUUUCCUCCUUCAUCACACGUCUAUUGCAUUAGACACAUCGCGCAAAACUUCAUGCGCGAGAUUAAAGACAAGGAUCUGCAUAAAAUAGUUGUUAACAUGGGUUAUGCGUUAACAUAG